AUGUCUCAGCGUUAUAGGGAAUCACCGCUGGCAACCCUUGUGCGCCGCACCUCAAGUCGACGGGCGAAAGCGCCGCCACGGUUGCAGCAAUCCGAAACUGAACCACAUCCACCACAGUCGCACCACUACCAGCAACCGACACCACCGACAAUAACGUUACAAGGCGCAGAAGACGUGCACUAUACACCUCAAUAUGCUAGUCCUGCCGCUUUCCAAGGCCAGCAGCAGCAAUGGGACAACCAGCCACCUUUGCCAUCCCCACUCCUCCAUGGCCGGUUUGCACGAGACUCUGUGGCAACUGCUUCGUCGUAUGAAGGCAACUCGUACCUUGACACGUCAAGCAACGGGUCCACCUCGAGAACGCACAGUUUCAGCAGUUCCAAUGUGAAUGCCUAUCCUGACGGAGAGGGGGACGAUGGGUAUGGACACGGGUACCAGUAUCAUUACGAUGAUGCGUAUGAACAGAGUGCGUACGAGGAAAGUAUCUAUUCACAACCCGACACGAUUACCAGGAUAUCGGCGGCGUUGAGGGACUCGUGGACCUCUACCGCUACAGCAGAUCCCAAUGGUGUUGCGGGAGGAGCAGCAUUGGAUAUGAAGAUGGGGACUGGCUAUAGGGAGUUUGGAAAUGCCAACAUCCACCAGUCGGAUUCAGACGCGGUGUCUAUCGUUCCGAGUCUGGUUGCGGAAUCGUCUGACCCGUCUACCCCUACAAGUUCGACUACCACCCCAGCGGGGAGAGCCAAGAUUGUUCACCCUGUUACUUCUGGCAACUAUUCCAGGCCGAUGGGGCGGCCCCCACCCCCGCCUCUCCAGGGAUUGGAAGAGCAGAAGCGACAGGUGCUGUUGAGGAACGCGGGAAGGCAUCGCUCGGAGGAGAGGAAGGCGGAGAAGGGGCCUUCUCCGUUGAGAAAUCAAUAUGGCAGUGGUGGGGGCGGUGAUAGUGUUACCAGCGCUGGAGGUCAGACACCGACUGCGCCGGAGUCCAGGUCGAUAGGCGAUGGAGGAAGGUUGUAUAAUGCUGCUGCGAGUUCGUCACAGCCUUCUUUGACGAAUGGUAUGAAUGGCAGCGGGCGCCAGGAUCACCAACAGCAAAAUCAAGGUUAUCUCCCCACACCCCCUUCCAUGACCGCCUCUAGUCGCUCCCCUUCGUCUUCCUCGUUAUCUCCCAAUCCUACGACGAGUACGGCUGCGACUUCUACUCUGGGGAGUUCAGAACCUCAUGAUCGAUAUGCCGACACACUCCCCAAUCCCUACUCCAAUCCCCAUUCCAAUCCCCAUUCCAAAUCGAAUUCAAGUCUGGAUCCCAGGGCUUAUCAUCAACAACCCCCCGCGUCACCGGUCAGUCUAUAUUCAAAUUACUCGUACUACCCGUUUGAAGGUGCUGUUCCCUCGCCUACGGGGAGUACAUUCAGUAAUUCGAAGGAUCCAUUUGCUGCUCCUGGGAAGGCUUCGCAACAGCCUAGUUCGUUGCAGGCGAGUUCGACUCAGCAAUCGAAUCAGUUCUUGGCUCCUCCUUCGAGCCACCACAACCCGUCAUCCUCUUCACCAUCUUCGCCAUCUGGCCCAAAGUCUGCACACGACUAUCUCCUGCUUGGUAUUGAGCACCACGAACACGAUCGGCUCAAAGAAAGUGCGACCUGCUUUGAGAAGAGUGCAAAGGAGGGUGGAGGGUGUGGGGUUGGGAUGUUGAUGUGGGGGUUGACAUUGAGACAUGGGUGGGGAUGUGAGAAGAACGAGAAAGUGGCGUUCAAGUGGCUGCAGAAAGCUGCGGAGAGUGCGGUUGGGGAUCUGGAAGCUACGAGAGCCAGUGGGGUCAAGGAUGUCAGCGUCGUGCGGAAUGAGUUGGUGCUUGCGAUAUACGAGGUUGGACAGUGCUUUUUUCAGGGCUGGGGUGUACCAAAAGAUCAGAAGAUGGCAGUUAGCUAUUAUACCAUUGCGGCUGAACUGGGAGACGCAGAUGCGCAGAUGGAUCUGGCGUUUUGUUUGACGAAUGGCAAGGGCUGUAAGAAGAACAAAAAGGAAGCGGCCAAGUGGUAUCGGGCCGCUGUUAAGCAGGGCCAGAGUGAUGUUGGACUUGCAUGGAUUUAUAAAGAGAAAUAUCAGUAG